UCCCAGGCGCAGAGAGGAGACCGGAGCGACGAGGACAGGCCAGUAUUACAGCACUUCAACACGCCGGCCCUCCCUUUUGAAGUUCUGGAGAUGAUCCUCCUCCAGGCAUGGCUGUCGCUCCCGACUUCCGAGCCGGUUACCCGAUGGGCGUUCUUCCGAGAAAUGUCCCUUGUGAACCGCCAGUGGCGCGACACUGUUCUCCAGGUCGCGCGGCGGCACGUCAUGAUACGUUGGCUGUCCGAGGACGACCUGUCCGCGUACGGAGCGAUCGGCCAACGGUCGCUGCAGCCACGCUUCCCGGGGCAUGGCGUGGAGGCCGCAGUGAUCACCGAGGGGCUUGCCACAAACGCACAACCGUGCAACGCGACAAGCAGCGCCACCCCGACGCAGGAGGCGAACGCUGCACCAUCGUCUACCACGGAUUCGGUGGCCACACUGCAUCUCAUGGCGUCCAUCUUUCAGCAUUCGAACAUCUACCUUUAUGUUCCACAAGAGACGCUGGAACCCAUGUGCCAGUCGUUAUCAGACGCAAAGGCUCUCGAGCGAUCUCUACGGGAUCGUGAAUACUUGACGCGUUUGCGCAAG